CAGAUUUCCACUUGGCAGAUUAACCAAAGGCAAGAGAGGCUAAUCUGUCUACGUUCUGAGUGCCACUCUCCGUGAGACCCCCAUAACAGACCCCAGGCCCAAGUCCACUGUGCUACCAGACUCCCACCUCACCCCAGGCAUUGCUCUGGGGUCUGCCUGAGGCCAGCAGUGUGAAGAUGACCAGCACCUUCCUAGCAUGACGACCUUGGACCAUGUGAUCGCUACCCACCAGUCGGAGUGGGUCUCUUUCAAUGAGGAGCCGCUCUUUCCUGUCCCUUCUGAGGGGGGCACUGAAGAGCACCUCCCAGGACCAUCGUCUUCCUCAGACCAGUCCGAGAUCUCUUCUGGGGAGAACCGUGUGGUGGAUGGAGGCUCUCAGGACCUUUCCCCCUCAGAGCAUGAUGACUCUUCUGAAAAGAUGGGCCUCAUCUCUGAAGCGGCCUCCCCUCCCCUGAGCCCUGAGCCGCCUCCACCUGACCUGGCUUCAGCCAUCAGCAGCUGGGUUCAGUUUGAAGAUGACACACCCUGGGCCAGCACAUUACCACCUCAUAAAGAAGCAGGUGGGACAGCCAUAUCAUUGACCAUGCCCUGCUGGACGUGCCCUUCCUUCAACUCCCUGAGGAGAUGCCCUCUGCCCUCCGAGAGCAGCUGGACCACACAUUCUGAAGACACCAGUAGUCCUAGUUUUGGCCCUUCGUACACAGGCCUGCAGCUCAUCAGUGCUGAGGAGCAGAGUGGCCUGGCUUCCAGGGCCGACUCGACUGACAAUUCUUCCUCUCUUCAGGAAGAUGAAGAGGUAGAGAUGGAGGCCAUCAACUGGCAGGCCAGCAGUCCAGCUAUGAACGGACAUCCCGCCACUCUAGUGACCUCUGCUCGUUUCCCUAGCUGGGUCACUUUUGAUGACAAUGAAGUCAGCAGCCCUUUGCCACCAAUCACCUCUCCUCUGAAGCCGAAAACACCACCUCUUGAAUCUGUGAUCCCAGAUGUACCUUAUAACUCAACUGGGUCAUUUAAGAAGAGGGAACGUCCCAAGAGCACUUUGAUGAACUUCUCCAAAGUUCAGAAGCUGGACAUUACCUCCUUAAACCAUCCGCCUUCUGUGCCUGAGGCUCCUCUUUGGAGGGCAACCAAUCCUUUUCUGAAUGAGACUCUGCAGGAUGUACAACCCUCCCCUAUAAACCCUUUCCGCGCUUUCUUUGAGGAGCAGGAGAGGCGCUCCCAAGACAAUUCCAUGUCUGGUACCACAGGCAAAAGCCAAAGAGAUUCUCUCAUUGUCAUCUACAAGGAUGCCAUCAGUUUUGAUGAUUCAAGCAAAAACCAGUCACACUCUGAUGCUGUUGAAAAACUCAAACGACUCCAACUUGAGGAUCCUGAUCACUUAGGGAGUACAACACUCCCUGAUGAUGACCCAAUAGCCUGGAUUGAACUAGAUGACCACCCACCAGGUUCCGCACUGUCCCAGCCCAAGGAUGGUUGGCCCAUGAUGCUUAGGAUCCCUGAGAAGAAAAACAUCAUGUCCUCUAGGCACUGGGGACCCAUCUACAUCAAACUGACAGACAGCGGGUAUCUGCAGCUGUAUUAUGAGAAGGGCUUAGAAAAGCCAUUCCGUGAGUUCAAGCUGGAGAUCUGCCAUGAGAUUUCAGAGCCCCGGCUCCAAAACUAUGAUGAGAACGGCAGGAUCCAUAGCUUGCGGAUAGACCGCGUCACCUACAAGGAGAAGAAGAAAUACCAGCCUAAACCUGCCGUGGCCCACGUGGCCGAGAGGGAACAAGUGAUUAAGCUGGGCACCACCAAUUACGAUGACUUCCUGAGCUUCAUCCGUGCGGUUCAGGACCGUCUCAUGGACCUGCCAGUGUUGUCAAUGGACUUGUGCACAGUUGGCUUGAACUACCUUGAAGAGGAGAUUGCAGUGGAUGUCCGAGAUGAAUUCUCUGGCCUUGUGAGCAAAGGAGACAACCAGAUUCUCCAGCACCGUGUCUUGACACGGGUCCACAUCCUGAGUUUCCUCUCUGGCCUUGCCGAGUGCCGCUUGGGUCUCAAUGAUGUCCUCGUCAAAGGGAACGAAAUCGUUUCCCGGCAAGACAUCAUGCCCACCACCACCACAAAGUGGAUCAAGCUCCACGAGUGCCAUUUUCACAGGUGUGUGGACGAGGAUGUAUUCAACAGCUCACGGGUUAUUCUGUUCAACCCUUUGGACGCCUGCCGACUUGAGCUAAUGAGGUUCAGGACAGUAUUUGCCGAGAAGACCUUGCCAUUCACACUCACGACUGUGGCAAGCAUCAGUGGGGCAGAGGUGGAGGUACAGAGCUGGCUGAGGAUGUCAUCUGGCUUCUCCUCUAACUGUGAUCCUCUCACUCAGGUUCCCUGUGAGAAUGUGAUGGUUCGCUACCCUGUGCCCAGUGAGUGGGUGAAAAACUUCCGCAGGGAAAGUGUCCUGGGGGAAAAGUCUCUGAAAGCCAAAGUGAACCGGGGGGCAAGUUUUGGCUCAACUAGCUUGUCUGGCUCUGAGCCUGUCAUGAGAGUAACUCUGGGAACUGCAAAGUAUGAGCAUGCCUUCAACUCCAUUGUGUGGAGGAUAAACCGACUGCCUGACAAAAACUCAGCUUCUGGUCACCCACACUGUUUCUUCUGCCAUCUUGAACUUGGCUCUGACCGGGAAGUGCCUUCCAGAUUUGCCAAUCACAUUAGCGUCGAGUUCAGCAUGCCUACAACUUCUGCCUCCAAAGCUGCCGUAAGAUCCAUCUCUGUGGAAGACAAGACCGACGUCAGGAAGUGGGUCAAUUAUUCUGCACACUACAGCUACAAGGUGGAAAUUGAGCAAAAAAAGAGUUUGAAGCCAGACUUUGAAGGAGAUGAAAUGGAAAAUCCCAAGGAGUGUGGGGUCCAGUGA